ACAAUCUUCUGUUUUCUUCUUUUUUUCAGAUGCUCUUGAACCAAAGACAAAAAACAGAACUCAUGUGAUGUCUUCAAGUGAGGGCACUAAUAUUAUGUUGACCUGUGAAGCUGUGGGAAACCCUCUUACGGUCUAUGGCUGGACUUGUGAUGGGGAAAAUAUGUUGGAGAACACAAACAGUCUCAAUAUCACCCCAGUAAACCGCAACACAACCUGCACCUGCACAGCUCCCAGUAUUCUAGGAAACAUAACUAAGACAUUCUAUGUUCAUGCUGAACCAAGAGGUUGCCCUUUAACACUGACACCUUCUGAAAUUGUUGUGAAAUUUGGAGAUCCAAUUUUAAUCAACUGCAGCACAUCAGCCACAGAUGUUGAAGGGAUGGGCUGGGAGGCUCCAUUUGGAGGUACAGGAUUUGAACGCCCUCCUGUUGUCACUUGGAGGGUUGAAAAACUAGAAGAGUGGACUCCAAGUCCUUUUUGCUAUGCUACUUUGGUUGAUGGAUCCCAGUGUACUGUGAGUCCACUCAUCGCUGUUUACAAAACUCCAGACUUUGUGUCAGUGUCUGACAUGGGUCAUGUUCCGAUGGUGGAGGGCAGAGAGCAUGAUCUGAAAUGUGAUGUCAUCAGUGUUGCUCCUGUACAGAUUCUCACAGUGACGUGGUACAGAGGCAAUGAAACUGUGCUCACAGAGACGUUUAAUGAAUCUACUGCGAUCCCAGUAAACGCAUCUUCUACCCUGAAAAUCUCCACUCAGAGAGAUUACAAUGGAUUAACUUUUAGAUGUGAGGCUGAGCUGCAUCUCGGACCUAAAGGACCAAAGUUCCUCCCUAAUACAUCCUCACCACCUUACACUGCUGUUGUCCUCUAUGCCCCUGAGUUCAAGAAUGGAAAUGAAAGCAAGGAAGUGCUCCAGGGUGAGAAUGUUACUUUAAGCUGUAGUGCUGACAGUAACCCACCCUCAAACAUCAGAUGGAUCUACACAGCUGCUGUGAAUUCAAACGUGACCACUGAGGGACAACAGAAGACUAUCAGUAUCACAGGAAUCACGUCUGCCAAUGCAGGCAUUUACAUUUGUGUUGCUGAGAAUGAAGCUGGGAGAAAUACACGAUUCGUCUCACUGGUGAUAAAAGAUAAAGUCCCUUUGCUAGUCAUUGGAGUGUUGCUCGCUGUAUUUGCCAUUGGCCUCAUCGUCCUCCUGGUCUUUAUUUACUAUAGAAAGAGAAAAAAUUGGCAUUCUUCUUUUGACAUAGUAUCAAAUGCCACAGAUGUCCCUCUGACAGUCAGUAGUAAUGCUUAGGAUAUUUCCCUUCAUUAUGAAAAAUGAAGUAAAAUUUUAAUUGCAUAUGUAAUUUAUGAUUUGUCCUAUAAUAUUGUAUAAAUGUACAUUUAAUUUUUCCAUAAAUUAAUUCCUUGAAUUAAACAACUUCAUAUACCAGAAAACAAAUAGCAGAAAUAUCUAAAAUAAUAAGAAGGUUAUGCUUCAGAGUUAAUAAUGUUAUGUAUAUGUCUGCUAAACAGUGCAUGAAACUGCUGUAAAAACAAUUAACAUUUAGCAAUAUUAUGUCUUAUGUUUGAAUUUAUUUUUUUUAUUGUUUUUAUGUUUUUUGACCCACAGUUCAUUUUAAUUGUGAAAUAUUAAAAGCACAAAGUGUAGCCCUAACAGGAUUUACUGCAUUUAAACAAAGUAGUCUAUGUCAUAUGCCAGAACUUAAAGGCGAAUUAUUAAUGAUCUGAAUUAGAGGGUGAUCAUCUGCUAGUCCAGGACUCUCUGCCAGGGAAUGACUGAUUUCCAGAGUCCACAGAAUACUUUUUAUAACAUAAUUCAUUGAAGAACACGGAUUAAACAAUAGGUUGAUUUUAACCAGUGGAGGCUUUCGGGUUACAGCACAGCCUCUUGGCUGGCAUCCUGUGUGGAGAUCAGAUCGCUUCCUCUUUAAGGCUUAUUACCAUUUUUGAGAGUGAUGUGGAUAGGAAAGCUACAUUGACCUGAUUUCCUUCAUCAUGUUAAAUAUUUGGAAAAACCUGGCUAAAAGCUGGCAAGCAUAAUUAAUUGCUUAAGUGUGAUGGUUAUUAAACAAUUAAUCAGCUAUAUGUGUUGAAGAAAGACAAAGCUGGAGCAGUCAGUGGUUAUAUUGUGCUUGGAUCCUAUUCAACAGGACCUUCCUUCAAAUUGCUGGGAUAACUUUGGAAAAGAUUUUUUUGCUUUCUGAAUAAUCUGACUGGCCUGAAAAUUGAUUUUUGCAAAGAGCUUUCAGUGAGAGUAUAAUCUGCUUCGCUUGCAUGAUAUUAAAUAGAGGAAGAAAAGAGGAAGAAUGAGAUUAACAGUCAUAAUAUAAAAACUGAAAACAACUUAAAAAUGGCUUUUUUUUUUUAAACUCAAGGGCCACCAGUUGGUGUCUAAUGUUACAAAAAAGAACCCUGUAGUCAAAUUCAAAUUCAAAUUUUAUUUACCACACACACAACCAUACACAGACAAGUGGUGAAGUGCUUGUUUCUGUGCAAUGCCCGACCAUUAAACGACGGUAAAGAAUUUACAGAUUUACAGAUUAUGACAAAAUUUACAGAUUUUAACUUAGAAAUUUACAGUAAAAAAAGAAUGCGCAAAUAAUGAUUUAAGAGAGAAAUUGGAAGAAGUGUGCAAAUAAAAACAGUGACGUGAUGAAUGAGAGUCCAGUCCUGCACUUGGUUCAGGGCCCAAAUAGCCUGGGGGAAGAAGCUCCCCCUCAUUUUCUCUGUUUUGGCCCUUGGGGAGCGGAAGCGCUUCCCAGACCUCAACAGUGAAAAGAGUCCAUUGUUGGGAUGGGAGAGGUCCUUCAUAAUCUUCCUGGUUUUGUUCUUGCACCACUGUGAGUCCACUCUUCGCUGUUUACAGUAAGUACAUGUGUACAGACUGUGUUACUGUAUUAUGACCUGCAUGAACUGAAAAAUGCAUAUGCAAGAAAGCAAUAAUUAAAGACAUGCUUAGACAUGAUAAUAUCAGGCAGCUUCUAAUUGAUCCAAUUCAAAUGUUCCUUAUGUGGAAAUCAAAAUGUGACUCUGGCACCUGCAAACUAACACUUUUAGAAAUGCAUGUUUCCUGUACUGAUGUAAUAAUGUUAGACAUUAAAUUUGGUUUUUACAUUGUAAAUCAGUAAUACCAAAAAAU